AUGUCCUAUCAUCCUUCGCACCACCCAAACUUCCUCAACCCAGGCUUGUCCCAGAUGAGCUAUGCUCACAAUCACAGCGCAAACGCUUCCCCAGGUGCCAACCCUUCGCUCUUGAACAGCAGCAUCUCUUCCCACUCAUUCCCCAUCGCUCCAACUCCCAACAACAGCACACCGCAGCCUCAGCAGCAACAAUCACAACCACAGCAACAAUCACAACAACAAACACAACAACAACAACAACAGCAACAACAACAACAGCAACAGCAACAACAACAACAACAACAACAACAACAACAACAACAACAACAACAACAACAGCAUCAUCAGCAUCAUCAUCAUCAUCAUCAUCAGCAGCCAACAGCCACUGCGCCUCCCGGUGUUCCGGAUGCUGAUGGCUUGAUAGCUCCUCCAUCCAUGCCCCUCGAGCUUGACUUUGACAAUCUCGAAAGCGCCUCCAACUACAUGCACACCUAUGCCCUCUCGCAAGGUUUUGACAUUCGCAUCCAAUGGUCUGCUAACAACCAAACACGUAUCUGCUGGUCCUGCUAUCGCGGCGGCUUCCCAGAAACGCUCAACUCAGAUGGCACUCCUAACACCAAGAAACGUCGAAUCCCAAAGGAGAAGGAAAGACGCAAGCGUGGUUCGCUCAAGAUCGGAUGCCCUUUCCGUGUUCAAUGCACAAAGAACUGGAAGACGGGCAAGAUGGAGUUAAGGAUUUUGGAGGGGAGACACAAGCAUCAGAUGGAAACCGAUAGGGAGAAUCUGCCAAGCCAGGUGAGGAGGAUAAAGAAUCAGCGCAAGGCACACGAGUCGCCGUGUACACCGCAGGGUGGCAAUGCUGCUGCCAAUGCAGUUGCUCAGGCGGCCAAUCUGACUGCGACGCCGACGCCUCUGUCCAUCGCAAGUGGCAGUGCGAGUGGCAGUGCGAGUGGCAGUGGGAGCGGAGGUAAUAAGAGCAGGGUAAGCAAUGCUAAUGGUGGUCAUGGUUCACCGAGCCGGAAUGGUGCUGCAGGACAGCAAGCAGGGCAUGGUCGUGAGCAACAGCAGACACCAGCACAGCAGCAGCAAGAGACGAGGAAACCAUCGGCCAACAACAACAACCUCCUUGUCAAUGCAGCUCGUCCGUCUGCGCACCAGCAUCUCGGUCUUCCCGCUAUGAGCACACCUACACCAGCCAAUGGUCCACCAAGCCUUGAUCUUGACUCGGAUCUUGUCCUCGCAUCCUCUGCUCCCACCUCUAACGGCGCUGUCGCAACUUCACCAGGCCCCAAACCAUCCUUCGAGCGACAGAUGCUCAAUCUUUUGGGUCUUUACGACAAGUCUGACGCCUCUUCGCGCGCGAUCAUGGACAAAGAGCUCGAGACCAUGUUAGCACGCGCCGAGUCCCGUCUGGACAAGUCAGCAAGGAAGAAGAGAAAGGUCGGAGCAAAUGGAACAUUGCUUCAUCCUAUCUCGCCCAUGCUUGCAGAUACAUCGGCGAGCACUCAGGGAGGCAUUGCCGCCUUGGCGAGAGGGUUGAAUGGCAGAAACGCACCGACUACAACGCAGGUCAAUGCAGUUGGGUCGCCGCUGAGAGCUACAGCAGGCCUAGUCGGGACUCUGCCUCCGCAGACACCAUUGGGGCAGGUGAUAGGGCAGGAGCAACAACAGCUACCACCAAGUUCAGGAAAAGGUUCGGCUAGGUGUAGCAAUUGCAAGGAGUAUGGACAUAAUCGAAGGCGGUGUCCGCUUGGUUGA